GUGUCAUGGCGCGACAACAAUGACAGACAGUGUUUUCCUCACCGACGAAUCCAGCACGAAAGCCAGUAUGUGGGGCGGAUUUCGCUGUAAUAAGAUUUUCGCGGUAUUGUUCCUGCUAAAUGUAAUCGCAUUCCAAAGUCUCUUAUAUUAUCAAGAACAGAAGAAAUGGCAGGAAAUAAGGGCCGAGUUGGAGCCGGUGAUAACAGAUCUGCGGGACUUGCAGGGCCUGACGCACAGCUUGUUGAGGAGGCUGGAGGCACACGGCCUCUUCAUCGAGAACAUCCAUGGACUAUCCAAUGAUAAUCGGCCCAUGAUCUACGCGAUCACGCCUACGUUCACCAGGCCCGUGCAGAAGGCCGAACUCACCCGGUUAGCGCAGACGUUUCUCCACGUGCCGAACUUCCAUUGGAUUCUCGUGGAAGACGCGGCGCAAAAGACUCCCCUGGUCACUCGCUUCCUGGAAACCAGCGGUCUGAUCUAUACUCAUUUAUUCGCGACAACUCCGCCGAACUACAAACUCGGCAGGAACGACCCGAACUGGAAAAAACCGCGUGGAGUCGAACAACGUAACGCGGCGCUAAGAUGGCUCAGAGAGAAUCUCAAGCUGUCCAAUAAAGGCGUCGUAUAUUUUGCUGAUGAUGACAAUACUUAUUCUCUUAAGCUCUUCCACGAGAUGGAGAAAAUACAAAAGGUCGGUGUAUGGCCAGUCGGUCUGGUCGGCGGUCUAAUGGUAGAGAAACCUCUUUGUGAUAACACUACUAAUAAGGUAAUCGGUUUCAACGCCGCAUGGAAACCAGAUCGGCCGUUUCCACUUGACAUGGCAGGCUUUGCCAUCAAUCUCGAGUUGUUGCUCAAAAACAAAGAUGCGUGGUUCUCGUAUGACGUGCAAGGCGGUUAUCAGGAGAGUGAAAUACUCAGACAGAUAGUCACGAGGGAUGAGUUGGAGCCACUGGCGGACCAUUGUACGAAGGUGUACGUGUGGCAUACGCGAACGGAACCGCCGCUAUUAAAUGUCGAACAAACAUUAAUAAGAAAAGGCAAACGUUCCAAUGCCGGUAUCGAGGUGUAAAAACACUAUUUUAUGCUCAUCUCCGUUGUGUGAAACACAGCCUCUAAUUCCAUGAGAACAAUGAUCUAGAUAUUAUUACGAGAUAUUAUUAAUAUAUAUUAAGCUUGUUAACGUCGAUCUGGAAUAGGCAUAGAAAAGAUAAAAUUAAAUCGCGUAAAUAUCGUCAUGGGUCCCACAUAUGCAUAUAUACAUAUCUAGAAUAAUUAGAUCCAUCCUGUAUAAUCACUUAUAGCAGCUGAUAUGGUAGCACAGACGAAACAUUACAGAAUGAUUCUAGAUUGUAUCUAAAUUUCGAAAAAUUGUGAUAUUACGACGUAGUUUUGGUAUUGCUCUACCAAUUUGCACGCCGCUGCCACGAGAUUAUAGCGUGAUGAGUCAACGACUUUUCGCCAUUGGCGAAACUGCUGGUGCAAGCAAUCUCGUUAUAUUAUAUUAUAUUCUAAUGUUCAUAUCGUUUUAUAAAAAUGUAUCUAUUAACAUUGUAAUAAAAUUUUUAAAGAAAAAAAAA